GUGGAAAAGGUGGGAAGAAGAAGAAAAACAAAAGCAGCAUCAAGCCCCACAAGAAUGCCAGCUCCAACUGGUCCAACGUGCCCCUGCCACCUCCGCCAGUACAGCCCCUCCCUGGUACAGAGCUGGACCACUACAUCAUGGACCACCAGGAAAACGGCUAUGACAGUGAUGGCUGGUGCGCCCCGCCCCCUGUGAAGAGUUACCUGCACCAGGGCAUGGAGGACGAGCUAGAGGAAGAGGAAGACCGUGUGCCAACGCCGCCAGUCCGCGGGAUCGCCUCCUCACCUGCCAUCUCCUUUGGCCAACAGUCGACGGCCACCCUUACCCCUUCACCCCGUGAGGAGAUGCAGCCGAUGCUACAAGCCCAUCUCGAUGAGAUUAGCCGGGCCUACCACUUUGACAUCUCACGGCAAGCAUGGCGUCAUCGUGUUUGGGGGAAAGUGGGAAAUGGGGACGGAGUUUGCCGAUCAGCCGCCAACAUAUUGCAUGGUGUCGCAGACUUCAAGCGCUGA